GAAAUAUGGAAGCUGAAUUCUGAGCAAGUGUGAUGAGGUCAAGCCACGGUGUAGUUAUUGCCAGCGCCAGCGCAAGGACAGCCCAUGUGUUUACGAGGUGGAUGCUAUGAGGCAAAUGCAGUCGCAACGACUGACAGCCUCACCAACAACCUUAAUGAAUGAUUUGUCUCUCGGAAUGAUUCAACUGGAUCUUACUGAACUGCUUGGGACCGCUGCCAAGGGGUCAUUAUUAACGAACGUCGUCCACACGCUGCAGCAUUUCCGUAAUACCACUUCAAGGACGCUCGGUGGGUGUGCCAUGCGUGCAGUCAUGCACGAGCACGUUCCACACUCGGCAUGGCAGCAACCUUUCAUUAUGCACAUGAUUCUGGCUCUUUCCAAUGCGCAUCUCCGACGUCUAGCAAACCGAACAGAGAGCAGUGCCAACCAUGCUCUGCUUGAAGCCGUUCACUGGCAGCGUGGGCUACAGAAUUAUCGAACCGCAGUUUCCUUGGCUGAUCCGACUGCUUCUCAGGAAUACGGUGAUGCGCUAGUGACUGGAUCCUUGCUAUCUCUAUAUUACAGCACCACUCUCGACGGCGAGAUGGCUCCUGACGCUUUCAUUGUCGAUUACGAAGCCGCCGUCGAGACGAUGCUUGCUCCACUUGCAUUAUCUCACGGUCUGAGAGCUCUACGAAUGACUCUGGGCACCUUUACACCCUCCUCGAUCUUCGCAUCUGUCUGGGCAUUGGCAGCGCCCAAAGGAUCGAUGCCCAUUCGCGAGCCUAAAACACCGGACUCGCUCUUCAUCCUCGAGAUGAUUUGCAACCUCAACAUCGGCGACGAUAUGGUUCAAGAGAUGGUGCGCAGCAUAGCUGAUCGUCUUGCACCUAUCAUGUUCUCAUCUGGAACCGCAAACUACCGUGAUGACAUUCUCCGAUUUGGCGGCAAAGCAUGGCCACACCUUUGUCAACUGCUCGCUGGGAGAUCGCCACAAGCAAUGAUGCUCCUGUUCUGUUGGUUCAAAGUACUUGGAGGGACAAGACAGUGGUGGGCGAGUACAAGAGCAAAGUUGCAGGCGGAAGCGAUCAAAGUGUAUCUUUGUUCGUUGCCUCCGCCGAUCGAGGAUUUGAGCGCCUGGUCAUUUUGCCUUGUCACUGUCUUUGCUUUUGAGUCUACAGAUCUGAUGUCGACUGCGGAUGCAAGUAACCGGUUGACUGACUCGAGAUGAGACCAAUACCAGGCCAUGUUUGAACACCUAACAUCUCCUGCUUGAUCCGCUAUCAGAGCACGUGAGCAAGACGCGUGAAGCAUGCACAAAUAACGAUGACG